AUGUCAUCCGUCAUGCAUUACUAUCCAGUGCAUCAGCCCAAGAUGAACGCCUACCCAGCGCCGGUGGCCAAGUACAGCAAUCUUCUGUAUGGCCAUCAUCAAGGCACGCCACAAGUGAUGCAGCAAUCACAGCCAAACCCAUCAGUGGUGAUGCCCACUUACCAGCCACCAGCAACACUGCCCGAGUCCGUGGGCGAGCAGCCGGGGCAGCAGCUGUCCUCCGAUGAGAACAUGCCACUGCAGCCGGCACAGGGGCAGCGCGUCAAGCUGAAGCGUUCCCGCACCGCAUUCACCAGCGUGCAGCUGGUGGAGCUGGAGAACGAGUUCAAGAGUAACAUGUAUCUGUACAGGACACGUCGUAUUGAGAUUGCGCAGCGUCUGUCGCUGUGCGAGCGUCAGGUGAAGAUCUGGUUCCAGAACCGACGCAUGAAAUUCAAGAAGGACAUUCAGGGUCAUCGCCAGCGCGACUCCAAGCCGAAUGCCAAGCUGACGCAGCCUCAAACGGAGCAGAGUGCCCAUCGCGGCAUUGUGCAGCGGCUCAUGUCCUACUCCCAGGAUCCCAGCGCUGAGAAACGGGCAGCUCUUCCGACUCCAAGCGCAAUCCCAACUACGCUGCCACAUCCUGUACAAAACUACUAUACACAGACCAAGCCCAAGCCGAAGCCCCAAGCGAUGCCGAGUGGCACGUCGGAUCUCAAUGAAAUUCUGGAACAUCUGGCGCAAUCGACAACGGCGCCCGCACCAAAUGCUUUGCCCACGACCUCAGCUUCCAGUGGACACUAUUCCUACAAUGUGGAUCUAGUGUUGCAGAGCAUCAAACAGGAUCUGGAGGCAGCGGCGCAGGCCUGGUCCAAGUCGAACCCAACGCAGACCAGCAGGCAUCAUGCCGCUGAGACCCAUGCCAUACAUCCCACCUCAUCGAUAUCCAUGAAUUUAUCGUGGGGAGAGCCCGUCGCCAAGUCAAGAAAAUUGAGUCUCUCCCACAUGAAUCCCUGCACGACCACAUUUGACUACCACAAUUGA